AUGAAAGCUUCCACUUCAUAUCUCCUCGCUGCGCUGGUCGCAGGCGUAAGCGCAAAGGACCAAGGAACUUAUGCGGUACUGCGUUUUAAUAAUGCUGGUGGACAAUUCUCUACGGAGGGCCGAAUGGACCCCAUCGUCAGCCCCGGCUCGGAUAAGACGCACUCGCACGGAGUAAUGGGUGGAAGCAACUUCGAUGUGACCGUCAGCGGCGACCAGCUUCUCGAUGCUAGCUGCACCAACGCCAAGAUUCUCAACGACAAAUCGAACUACUGGGUUCCUAACUUAUGGUUUCAAUCCCCGGCUAAUGGUACUUUCAAGAAGGUGCCCUUGUUCUAUAUGAAUGUCUACUACUUCUUCGAUGCUACAAAUGACGAGAUCAAAGCCUUCCCUCCAGGCAUCAAGAUCAUGAGCGGCGAUGUUGACAGGAGAACGCCUCCAGCAACAGGGGGUCUCCAGCUUAACCCUACCCAAGGCGAGAUUCAAGCAGUCCAAUGGACAUGUCCCACGCAAGAUGCCAACAUUGCGCGGUAUCCGGCCGGUUCGGACGGAACUAAAGCGGGACUUGCGGAUCCAGUAAAUGCUGGCGCCGGAGCCGGUUUCCCUGUGGUGAACUGCGAUGGCUAUGCUUCCCCUCUUAGACAGGAUAUCCACAUGCCCUCUUGCUACAACCCGGAAGCUGGGUUGGACGACUACAAGAACAACAUGGCGUGGCCGACGCCUACCAACGAUGGCAAGGCAGACUGUCCCGAGGGCUGGGUGCACGUCCCUCAUUUAUUCUAUGAGGUCUACUACGACACUCUGCAGUUCCAGAACGAGUGGACUGCGGAUGGCCAGACCCAACCGUUUGUGCUGUCGAACGGCGACCGGACCGGAUACAGCUCCCACGCAGACUUCAUCUCCGGGUGGGAUCAGAAUACCCUUCAAAGGAUCAUCGACACGUGCAAUGCCGGCUUUAUCGGCAUGGAUACGUGCCCCGACAUACCAGGAGGCCUGAACACUGAGAUUUGCCAAAUUCCCGCUGUUAACCCCGACCCAACUGAGGCGUGGAUCCCGCAGCUCCCGGGAGACAACCCGGUGUCGGGUUGGUAA